AUGGCCCCCAAACCUGCCUUCAACAAGAAGCGAGCCGCCCCAGAUGCUGGUGCCGCCCCAAAAAAGGCCAAGGUCACCAACGACAAGUCCGCCAAGAAGCAGUCAAAGCCUCGAUCCGCCCCCCGAGAGCGUGAGGAGGAGAUCAAGAAGCGCAAGAAGCCAAUCACUCAAGGCGGUGGCGACAAAGAUGAUGAUGCCAGUAUGGGAGAAGAGUCGUUCUCGGACGAGGAGGAGGAUUUCGCUGAGGGCGAAGAUGUCGAGAUGGGAGAGGACGGUGCUGCCGAGGGUGUUGAAGGCGCUCAGGAGAAGAAGCCCCGUAUGACCAAGGCUGAGAAGCUGGCUCUCCACGCUGCUCAACCCCAUCGAACCUCCCUUCUGCCCUCCCACCCUCUUUUGCAAGAUACCCUCUUGCCUUUGUGGGAGACUGCUAGAAGAGCGGACCUCAGUAAGGAGGACAGGAAGAAGGCCAUCGUCGAGCUUUGGGAGGCUGUCAAGGGACGUGUUGGUGAGGUAUCGAGGGGUCACAAGGGUGGUCGAGUGUUGCAGACUAUUGUCAAAUAUGGUGGGAAGGAGGAACGUUUAGGUGUGGCUAUGGAGUUGGAACCUCAGUGGAAAGCCAUGAUGGAGUCCAAGUACUCUAAGUUCUUGAUGUCCAAACUCAUCCGUUACUGCCCCUCAAUAAGACCCCUCCUCAUCCCUCACCUCGCUCCUCAACUCCUCGCUCUCUUGAACCACGCCCAUGCCGUUGCUCCCCUUUCCGACUUUUACGAUCUUUACGCUUCCGCGAAGGAGCGAAGAUUGCUCGUCAGGGGAUUCUACCCUCGUGAAGUCAAGGUCUUUGACGGUGCCAAGCAGGGUGCGGAGGUGAAGGGUCUGGAAGCGAGUCUGGAAGACAUGGGAGAUGGUAAGGGUAGGGAGCGAGUGUUGGAUGCCAUUGAGAAGACUGUGACCGAUGUCUUCAACGCCACCCAAAAGAAUGCCCUCACACAAUCCAUCUUCCACCGUCUUGUCCUCGAAUACGUCCAGUGUAUCUUCAAAUUCCUCGACGCCGAGACUGCGGCCACAAAAUACCGCGAACUUCUUGCUGUCGGUGCUGAGAGCUUGCCCGAGAUUGUCCACUCCAAGGAUGGAUCAGCCGCGGUCCGUGAGUUGAUCGUGCGGGGUAACGCCAAGGACCGAAAGACUAUCUUGCAACCCAUGAGAAAGCACGUCGAGGCUUUGUGCAAGGACGGAGACGCCCAAAUGGUCCUCUUCACCGCUUUUGACUGUGUAGAUGACACCAAGCUGAUGGGUAAAGCCUUUGUUGGCGACAUCGUUGCUCUCGGCCCUUCGCUUGCUUUCGACAAGCAAGGCCGUCGUGCCCUUCUUUACCUCCUUGCCCCCACAUCAACUCGACACUUCAUGCCUACCACCAUCUCUUCCCUCGCCGCCAACCAAAAGCUGGCCAAGGAGCUCGGUACCAGCAAGAAGGACGCCGAUGCCAGGAGAAAGGAGCUCAUGUCGCAAGCCAACGAAGGCUUGCUGAAACUCGUCGAAGAGAAGGGUGACGAGAUGGUCCGCGACCCUGGAGCGGGCCUUCUCGUGCAGGAGAUACUCCUCAACACCACUGGUGACAAGACUGCUGCCAUCCAGACUCUUGCUUCCGGUCUCGAUGCCCCUUACCCCGACCCCGCGCCGCUCGAUGCCAACCCUGACCCUGCCACCUCUCACCCUCUCGACCUUUCCCACGCCAUCAGGACUUACAAGAUCCUGCUGUCUGGUGGUCACUUUGACACCAAGGCGCAGACGCUUGUGGUCCCCGAUGCCACUCUUUCACCAGCCUUCUCUCGGGCUGUGUGGGACGUUCUGUCGAGUGAGCACGCGGGUGGUGAAGCGAACCUUGUCAGAGUCUGCAAGGGCAAUGCGCCAUUUGUCGUCGUUGAGCUUAUCGAGGCGCUGAAGAAGGCUGGAUAUGCCGCGGAAGUCAAGAAGGUGUUGGGCGGAAAGGAGUUGAGGCAGGAGGUUGGGCAGAGUGUAAGGAAGGGUGCUUCUCUCUUGGCUGAAAAGUUGGCUGAACUUUGA